AUGGUUGUCGGCGAUGCGGAAGCUGCUCAUAGACCACUGAAUGCAAACGGGAUUGUGCGUCCGGUUCGUCCAGCGCAGCCGAGAACCUCGUCGCUUCCCGUCAGUCACGGAGGUCAACAGCAUGUCAAACCGCCGCCCACCGAUGGCUACCACGCUCCCGCCUCUUUCCUCCCCGAGGCGGCCGAUAUCGCCCUGGCCGCUUUGGUGACCCUUCCGACACCGAUACUCGUACUCUCCUCUUCGAAGACCGUCCUCCUGGCCAAUGCGGCAGUGAGCAGGUUAUUAGGCGUCGAUGAGGAGGAUGUUGGUGCCGGCGCCACGGACAUACUCAAAGGCCAGACGCUGUCUCAGUUGGGGAUAGACAUGGUUUCGGAAGGCGUCCCUAUCUGGGUCAGUUGGGAAAGAUUCCUCGACAACCUAGCAGACAGUCACGGCCGGGUGGCUGCUGGACAGCCGUUACCGAGUAUUCGAAGCGGAGAGACAACCCCUACCGCCAUGGGAGACGCAGAGAGGGGCAGGCGGCCUUUCAGGAACCGGACUCAGAAGUCCCACGAUACCGUGGUCGACGUGGUAAUCUCUAACUACCACGAUCAAUUGCCUCCACGCCUGCGGCGAAGCAGGCAGAACAAGCCGGCAUCACGUAUCCAAGCAACAUGCCGGAUGAUCAUCAGCCUAUGGGAUCUCGAGGACCAACGGUUCUUUACGUUGACUUUCACGAGUUCAGCAAGCCCUCCGUCUGACCCUGCAUCCUCCUCCUCGUCUUUAAGAAACGUCUCCUCCCAUUCGACGAGAUCUUCGCAGUCAUCUCAGUCGCAAAGGCCGGUAUCAUCUACCGUGGACUCCCAAGUCACCUCGCCUGCGCCUACAGAGCAGGCAGGGAGCCUUUCGUUUCCUUCAAUUGCUCCUCCUCCGAAAUGUACUGCUCCCUCCACCCUCACAGAUUUUCAGAAGGUUUUGAAGAUGAAGAAUGCCAUGCUGCGCGCCGUGGAGAUCCCACUGGUUGCCAUGUGGAGGGACGAGAGUGUGGUAUUCCCGAAUACGGCGGCUCGAAGGCUGCUGGAAGUCAACGUCGACCCCGUCUCCGAACACUCGUAUGACUUUAUGUCCAGACUUCGGCCUUGGGCUCCGGAUUUCUCCAGACCACUGAAUGAGGACGCUAACCCCGUCGUGGCACUGUGUCGUAAUCAGCAGGCUUUUACAAAUUGGCAGGUAGGGUUGCUGAACGAAACGACUGGCAAAAGGUCCAACUUCGAGGUAAGCGGACACCCGAUCUACGACGAGCGGUCGGGAGAUUUCUUGGCUGGCAUGGUCGCAUUCAAAGAUGUCACCGAAUACACCGAACAGCUUGCUCAUCAAACUGCAGAGAACGAGGAGCAGUUUCGCUUGAUCUGUGACAUGAUGCCGCAAAUGAUCUUCACUACAACACCCGAUGGUCUCGUCACCUAUUGGUCGCAACGAUGGUACGAUUAUACUGGCCUCACGCCAACGGAUUCCUUGGGCCUGGGAUGGCAACUGCCGUUCCAUGAGGAAGACAUGCCGGACACGACCCGUAGGUGGCGUCAUUCUCUGGCGACCGGCGAGGUAUACACCACUGAGUACCGUUGCAAGAGGGUUGACGGACAGUGGAGGUGGAUGCUGGGGAGAGCAUUGCCCAUGCGAGAUCACAAGACUGGGAAAAUCCUCAAGUGGUUUGGCACCUGCACAGAUAUCCAAGAUAUCGUGGAUGCAAAAGUCAGCGGUCAGAGAGCCCGACAGCAAUUACUGGACGUGCUGAAACACUCGCAGAUGACCAUGUGGAUCAUUGAUCGAGAACGGACGGUGACAUUCUAUGAAGGAGACUUCAUCAUGGGCGAUCCUGUUCAUGACAGAAUCAUUGGUUCGCAGGUCCUCGACGUGGUGGGAGACUACCUUGCGCCGCAAGACAUCAUCAAGUUCGAAGAUGCCCUCGCCCGGCUCAUGUCAGGCGUGUCUGACCUGGAAAUUCUUGAGAACGAAGCUAAUUUCCGAUGGUUCCGGUCCAAAAUGGUGCCUAUGAAAGGCAAGACGGGCCCUAAGGGCGUGGAAGAUGAAAACUACAUCGCUGGAGUCAUUGUCAUUGUAUCCGACGUCACUGGGUUACGGCGCAAAGAACAGGAAAAUAUCAAGCUGCUCGCCAACGAGGCUGCAGCAAAAGAGGCCAGCAAGAUGAAGAGUAGUUUUCUUGCCAAUAUGUCCCAUGAAAUCCGGACACCGAUUGCUGGCGUCUUGGGCAUGAGUGAGUUGCUGAUGGACACGAACCUCGAUUCGGAACAGAGCGAAUUUGCGCAGAACAUUCAGCGGUCGGCCAACUCUCUUCUGACCGUCAUCAACGACAUCCUGGACUUUUCCAAGAUCGAGUCCGGCCGGCUGGAUAUUGAAGAAGUGCAAUUCAGUCUGGGGGUUGUACUGCGCGACGUCGCAAAGAUGCUCUCGUUCGCGGCCCAGCGGAAAGGACUGCAGUUCAGUAGCGAUAUACGCCUUGGGCCUUCCGAAGACCUCAUCUUGCUCGGCGAUCCUGGACGCAUUCGACAAAUCCUGGUCAAUCUCCUGACAAACAGCAUCAAAUUCACGUCGGAAGGAUACGUCAGACUCAGGGCGGACAUCCUUAGUCAAACCUCUGACGCCGUGACGGUGGAGUUCUGCGUGGAGGACAGCGGUAUUGGGAUCGAGGAAGAGGUCAAGAAGAGGUUGUUCCGCCCCUUCAGCCAAGCCGACUCGAGCACUGCUAGACGAUUUGGUGGUACCGGACUUGGUCUGACCAUAAGCAAAAACCUCGUUGAUCUGAUGCACGGUACUAUUCGCCUCGAGUCCAAACUCGAUGCCGGUACCAGAGCUACGUUCACAAUUCCUUUGAAGAUGCCCGAAUAUCCAGUUGGUUCUCCGACAGCAUUUCUCGAGGUUGGCAGCAUGCCUGACCGCCUCCAAUCCGACCUGUCCAUGUCGAUCCCAGAUUCCCCAAGACCCGACAGUCGAAGAUUCGAAAGAGGAGCUUCGCCACUUCAUUCGGUAGCAGCCACAAAUACCAAUGAUGUCCGCGCUAUGAACGUCCCGUCGCAGCCAGUAGCGCAAAGCAUGGAACCGGAUCUUCCCAGAGACCAGAUCCAUGUUUUGGUCGUUGAAGACAAUCCCGUUAAUCAACAAAUUGCAAUGAGGUUCAUCCAAGCUCUAAAGUUCUCGGUAAGGGCUGUGUGGAACGGCAAGGAGGCAUUGGAGUAUCUUCUGAAAGCAACCUCUCCAGACCUUACACCUGAACAGGCCAGAGAAUAUCCACUGCCUUCGCUCAUACUCAUGGAUGUGCAAAUGCCAGUCCUAGAUGGGUAUCAUGCUACGCAUAUGUUGCGGCAUCAUGCUCCGUUCAAAGACAUUGAGGCCAUCCCACAUAUUCCUAUCGUGGCAAUGACGGCGUCAGCAAUUCAGGGAGAUCGUGAGAAAUGUGAAAAGGCAGGAAUGGACGACUACAUGGCUAAGCCCGUGAAGCGAUCCCUUCUGGAGAAGACAAUACUGAAGUGGGUGUCGCGGGGGCGCACCAUUCAAGAAGGGCGGAAGUUAUCGAUGAAUGGCACCGAUGUCCAGAAGCCAAAUCUGGGAAAAGCUUGCACCGAUCAUUCGUCAAUUUGCGCACAAAACGACGCCAUUACCACCGAGUUUUGUGCCCGUAAUGGCACCUUCGAUACGCAGGCGGACGCGGACGAGCUGAACGCACCGUUGCCGGUAGGAGAGUCACAGGAUGUUGAGGGGCGAGCAAUUGCUCGCAGAUCUAGUCUUUCCAGGGCCCUCCUCGAGUCUGAGAUCCCAGGUGGCGAGACAGAGGCCGAUCGCGCAGCGAGACGCGCCGCCGCCGAGGAUCAAGCUCGAGCGUUGAGAGACGCAAAGUUACUGUCAGCAACAGAUAUGGCGCAUGGGAACUCGCGCCCUGCCCCUGUACUGAGAGUCGACAACAACUAUGCACCUAAUCUCCAGGCGCCCACUAGCCAAGCGAGGGGAUCCACGCCUGGUGCUUCUCCCAUGGCGUUGACGGAAGAGAACGUAUUACUACUCAAUGCUGCACAAGAUGGUGUUGUGCCAACAACAGGGGCGUCUCCACCCGGUCCUGAAUCACAGGGAUUUACUUAUCCCCUGUCGGACAUACCUGGCCCGCCGCCAGAGGGCACCCUCUCUGCCCUCGAUCUCGCACAUAUCGAUGCCGAUGCAGAAGCCUUGGUCUCUUCGAUCCUCGAGAAAACACGCGUUCCUGCCGGCUCGCCAGGGAGCAGGAAAAGUUCUGAUAGUUUGGAACAACAGGCGCCGCGGAACCGUCGCGACUUUGGUGCACUUGGACCCGAAAGCCGGCACGUCAGCGACUGGAGCUCGAGUACAGCCCGGCCUGAGAAGUCCCAAUGA